AUGUCGAUUAUCUCUACACGCAGUUUCAGAACCUUAAAACGCUCGUCGCAAAUGGCUGUCUCCCCAGACAGCUCGUCCACCUCAACACCGUCAACCCCAUCAGUCCGAUCUUUUAGAUCGACUCGAACUUUUAAUAAAAGAGACUCGCAACAACCCCAACAGUCAAACUUCUCCUUCUCAUCGGAGCAAGUGCCAGAAGCUCUUCAGAAGUUAGCGGAAGCGUGUAUCGUUGAACCCGAAAAAAUUCAAAUUCUGAUCGAUCAAUUAAAAGACAAUUCCAUUUACUUUUCAUAUGACUUGGAAAUUGCACAGAGAAUUGGAGUCUCCACACUCGACUGGGACGUCACCCUUUGUAGAAUAUUUAUUAACAGACUCACACAAACACAACUCCUUUUACUCAAAACUAUCGUCUCUGUGAUUAAGGACUUCUCUAACGACUCAAGUUACUACACACAAAUCGCUUCUUUUCUCCUCCCACCAGAGAAGGAUUCUUUGCCUUUUGCUCUCUCACUUUUAGACGUCCUUUGCAGACGUUUCAAUGACGUAUUUAUUAACUGCGAGUUCGACCCUAUUUAUCAGUACGACCAAUUCUCAAUCAAGGCGUCACUCUUCGCAGCAAGCCCAAGAGCACUCAUCACUAUGCUCUUUUUCCCACAACAACCAGAACCAGACUUCCCAAGUCGACUUGCAAUUUACUUGUCUGUUGCGCUCGACCAGAAACAAAUAGUUCAAGAACUUAAAGAGGUCAUAGAAAUCGAGAAUUUGUCCAAAAGGGCGAUGCAGUGUUUGUCCGCAUUGAUCACACAUUUGAUCAAGUUUAAUCCAGGAAUACAGUUCGAUGAGACGAUUUCUAACAUCAUGGAGUCGCUUGUACUUCCUCUAAAAAAGGAGAUGAAUUUAUAUGGGAAACAGCUCUUAACGUCGACGGCCGUGACGAACCCCAACAUCUUGAAAUCAAAGAAAAAGGUUGGUGAUGUGACUGAUGUGUUUUCUGGGGUGUUUGCCGAACAAAUAACAUUACUCGAUGCGAUGCUUUUAGGUGACUUAGAUACAGCGGAGUGUAUUAGAAAUAAGGAUAAACCCACCUUGGACUAUUAUUGCGAUAUCAUCGAUAACUUUGGCAGGUGGGUUUCGUACUCCAUCAAAACUGCGGAGGGGGGAGAAGUAGCGAAGAUGAGGUACUUCAUUAAAGUUGGUUUGGAGUGCUUGAAGCUGAACUCGUUCAACAUGAGUUAUGUCAUAUACACCGCGGUGACGCACUUUUCGCUUGAAUAUGUGUUUAAAAAGUUGCCGCAUAAGUCCGUCAAAGCGUUUGAAGAGCUCAAAAGAGUCUUUGAUUUCUCGAAGAACUACGUUAUAUACCGAAAUUUGUACUCCAUUGCUCCAACACCAAAAAUACCAAUUUUGCCGUUGUGGAUGGGAGAUAUCAUACACGCCCAAACGUUGUUUUCCUCUUCAGAAAGUGAGCAUGGGUUAUAUCGGAUGGAUGCGUUGAGGACAAUUGCAAAUGUGUUACUUCUUAUUACACACUCGCAGCGUGUCAUAUUCUCGAAGCCUAACCUUAUAGUAGACCAACUGAUCGCCAAAUUGUCAAUUAAAUAUCAAUAUUAA